CGCAGUCCAGUUGUUUUAUAUACAGUCUAUGAGCUGAGCACACUCAGAGCGGCGGGAGGAGGGGCUGAAAGCUGGAACAGCCUCUCUAUCCACUUGGUUUAGCUGUUCUGCCUCUCCAAAAGGUUCGCAUUUUUGUACAUUUCUCCUCAAAGGCUUCGUUUCUCUCCCUUCAAGUCUCCUUUCCUCCAUUUUGCAUAAUUUGCCGCGGGUUUGUAUGCUGGAAUUCCUUGAUUGUCCGGAGUCUUCAUGGCUUUUGUUGGGCGAGCAGUUCAGCGGGUGGCGUUGGCGGCGCGGCCUUCUCUCUCCCCUCUAUGCCGGACAAGUUCUCGAUCCUACAGCUCAGAACACACCAACGAGAAAAAUGUUCCCUAUGAGAUGACUCUAAAACAGGAAAGUGGGAGCAGCUCAGGACCCACAAAGCCUUUACCCAGAUCAGCAGAUGUGGUUGUGAUCGGAGGAGGCAGCCUGGGCUGUCAGACCAUCUACCACUUGGCUAAAAUGGGGAUGACCAAUGUAGUUUUGCUGGAGAAAGACAGACUCACCGCUGGCACCACCUGGCACACUGCAGGCUUGCUGUGGCAGCUCCGUCCCAGCGACGUCGAGGUGGAGCUCCUGGCUCACACCAGAAACGUGAUCAGCAAAGAUCUGGAGGAGGAAAUCGGUCUCCACACUGGCUGGAUCCAGAAUGGAGGACUCUUCAUUGCUUCCAACAAGCAGAGACUGGAUGAGUACAAAAGGCUCAUGUCGCUGGGUAAAGUUUACGGCAUCGAAUCCUAUGUCCUUUCGCCAGCGGAAACCAAAGAUCUGUAUCCAUUGAUGAAUGUUGAUGAUCUGUACGGAACACUUUACGUUCCCAAAGAUGGGACCAUGGACCCUGCAGGAACCUGCACAACUCUGACCAGAGCCGCUUCUGCUAGGGGAGCCACUGUGAUUGAGAACUGCCCUGUGACUGGAAUUCAAGUACGAACAGACGACCUUGGUGUGAAAAAGGUGAAGGCAGUGGAAACGCCCCAUGGGACAAUCGAGACGCCCUGCGUGGUGAACUGUGCAGGCGUUUGGGCCACCAAGUUGGGGGAAAUGGCUGGAGUCAAGGUUCCUCUGAUUGCUAUGCAUCACGCCUAUGUGGUGACAGAGAGAAUAGAAGGCAUACAGAACAUGCCGAAUGUCAGGGACCACGACGCGUCCGUGUACCUGCGUCUUCAAGGUGACGCCCUGUCUGUGGGGGGUUAUGAACAGAACCCCAUCUUUUGGGAGGAAGUGAAUGACAAGUUUGCCUUCAGCCUCUUUGACCUGGACUGGGAUGUUUUCAUGCAACACAUUGAGGGUGCAAUCAACAGAGUUCCUGUUCUGGAGCAGACUGGCAUCAAGUCCACCGUCUGUGGACCAGAAUCAUUCACCGCGGACCACAAACCACUGAUGGGAGAAGCUCCCGAAGUCCGAGGCUUUUUCCUGGGAUGUGGCUUCAACAGUGCUGGUAUGAUGCUGGGAGGUGGAUGUGGCAGAGAGCUCGCUCACUGGAUCAUACACGGCCGGCCCGAAAGGGACAUGUACGGAUAUGACAUAAGGCGUUUCCAUCACUCACUCACAGACAAUAAACGCUGGAUCAGAGAGAGGAGCCAUGAGUCAUAUGCUAAAAACUACUCUGUGGUGUUUCCCUUUGAUGAGCCGCUGGCCAGCAGAAAUAUGAGGCAGGACCCCUUCCACCAGAUUUUGACAGAGCAGGGUUGUGUGUUCCAAGAACGGCAUGGCUGGGAGAGACCCGGAUGGUUCAACAAAGAUGGAGCUGCUCCAGUUAAAGACUAUGAUUAUUAUGGAGCUUACGAGAAAAGGAAGAACACAUCCUACAAAUACAAUGAACUGCUGGCUAAAGAAUACACCUUCGACUUUCCUCCUCACCACGAUGUGAUCAAGAGCGAGUGCCUCUCGUGCAGACACGACGUGGCUGUCUUUGACAUGUCCUACUUUGGGAAGUUCUAUCUCACCGGACCAGAUGCCAAGAAGGCAGCUGAUUGGCUGUUCACAGCUGAUGUCAACAAGAAGCCAGGCUCUACUGUGUACACCUGUAUGUUGAAUAAAAGAGGAGGAGCAGAGGCCGACCUGACAGUGAGCAGACUAGAGCCUGGUACUGCUAACCUGCCCUUGGCUCCUGAAUCCAACGGUGAUGCAUAUUACCUGGCUAUUGGAGGUGGUGUUGCUGAGCACAACUGGAACCACAUUCGAACAGUUCUUCAGGACCAGGGCUUCCGCUGCCAGCUGACGGACCACUCUGAAGACAUGGGGAUGAUCAGCAUCCAGGGACCCAAAAGCCGAGAAGUUCUACAGGAGGUUUUGGACACAGACCUGAGCAAUGAAGCUUUUCCAUUUUCUUCUCAUAAAGUUGUCGCCGCGGCCGGACAUCAGGUGCGAGCGAUGCGUCUGUCGUUUGUCGGGGAGCUGGGCUGGGAGCUGCACAUUCCCAAAAACUCUUGUAUUCCAGUGUACCAAGCUGUCAUGGCUGCUGGUGCAAAACACGGCAUCAUCAACUCGGGCUACAGAGCCAUCGACUCUCUGAGCAUAGAGAAAGGAUACAGACACUGGCACGCCGACCUGCGCCCUGAUGACACACCCUUGGAGGCGGGGCUCGCCUUUACAUGCAAGCUGAAGAGCUCCAUCCCAUUCCAGGGCAGAGAUAGACUGGAGAAGCAAAAGGAGGAGGGGCUUAGGAGGCGCAUCGUCUGCUUCACCAUUGAUGAGAAAGUACCAAUGUUUGGCCUGGAGGCCAUUUUCCGUAAUGGCGUUCCUGUUGGUCACCUGCGGCGAGCUGACUAUGGCUUCUACAUCGAUAAAACUCUCGGCUAUGGGUACAUCCGAAACCCAGAUGGAGGAGUGGUGAGUGCAGAUUUUAUUAAAAGUGGCGAGUUCACUCUGGAGAGGAUGGGGGUGACGUACCAAGCAAAGGCACACAUUAAAACUCCGUUUGACCCGGAGAACAAACGUGUCAAAGGCAUUUAUGACUGACCGACGCUCAGGAAACAUCUUUGUUUACUUUUGCCUCUGAAACGACAAGAACAUUUUUUUAUCGUCCCUUUCUUUUCUUUUUUUUUGGCCUCGUUUCUAGAUGAGAUUUUUUGGUUUGAAACCAUUUGGGCACCUGGGUAAACACAAGAACGCAAUGUUUGCAUCAGUGUUGCUGGAUCAAUCUCCAGAGCUCAAGCAAAUGCAUAUAAUCCAGUAUAAUCCAGGUUUAGCUAAAGUAAUCAGUUGGAACACUCUUUGAUCAUGUCUAACAUUAAAUAACUUGGAAGUUAACCAGGAAUGGUAAAUAAUACAUUAUUUGAGAGUUUUAAAGAUUAGUUUAAUUUACAUUUGUGGGACAUUUUUGAUUCCAGAAAACUCUACUUGUCUUAAUUUUUAACAGCAAUGUGACACUUUAAUGAAAGACAAUUGUUUUAUUAUAAAUAUUUUUUCCUCUUAAGAAGUUGGAAAAAAUGGCCGCUCAAAGAAAAAUGUAAUUCAGGCCAAAUUUUAGCACUCGUUAGUGAAGGUAACCCAUACUACUGUGUGGUUAAUCGCUCACUAACAUUGCAGCAGUGUGCUUACUGAAAAGGUUUACAGUACACAGUGUUUGUGUAAAACAUAAUGUGAAUAAACGAUGAACAAUUCUAAAAUGUCAACUAAAUGAUGUUUCGGGCUUUUCCAUUCGAACAGAAGCUUUGAUUUCUUAGGUUGGGUGGAUGGUGUUUCUCCAACUUUCAAGGAAGUUUUAAGGGUUAAAAAAAUAAAAAUGAAAAGAUUAUAAUAGAGA